UAUUUGCAAACUUUUGAAAAUAAUGAAUCAAUUAUAUAUCAGAAACCUCCCGUCUCCUUGGCAGAACGAUAUUAUUUAGUUACUUUUGCUAAGUUGCAGCUGUCUGCCUCUAAACUGCCAGUCUCUUCAGAGGGUUUCUCUAGACUCUGAGGGUCAAUAGGUUAAGGCAGCAGUCUUCUUGAGGAAUGAAUUUAUCUGUGGCUUCUCCUGUUGCGCCUUCCAAUUAGGGAGCUAAUUCACCAGCUGUCCAGUUUAAAUGCCUAUUUACAAAAAGAACUUACUGUGUCGCUUUGUCUGUCUACAUGCUCUCGCAUGCAUGCUUAAAGUUGCAGGGCUCCACUGGUAGAAAUGCCAUUGUGCUAUUGGGAUCACUGACCUUACUCCAUUAUUAACACUAACUUCAUUAAUUAUUUGAAAUGAAUGCUGUUUUGUUUAACUCAUUUAACUCAUAGAUUGUCUGGUUACAGUGUAGUAUGCUGUUGUAUACAUUCUUCUUUCUUUCUGCACAAACACACAUACACACACACACACACACACACACACACACUGAGCAGAACAUUGCCAGGGUUGUGUGCACUUAAUUCUGACUACUUUUCAGUGAUACUGCAAGUUAUCAAAUAGCCAUGUUCAUCUCAUGAUAAAAUAUCAUUUGUCUAAGCUUAGCCAGUCUCCCACAUUGUUCCAGCCUCUUGCAGUUUAGCUGGAGUAUUUUUAGCAAUGAAACAACUGGGCUCCUAAAAAAGACCCGGGAGAGAGUCAGAGGGCUACUGCUAUGUAAGGUAUCCCCCCUCAAAGCCCUGUGCUUUGUCUCCAGCCAAAAGAGAGACGGAAACAGUAAGGCAGACUGAGAGAGACAGAGAGAGAGAGAGAGAGGCUGAACAGCACAUUAGAAGGUGCAUAAGACCAUGAAGGUUUGUCUUGAAAUAUAUCUUUCAGCUUGAUCUCUUUUUUUUGGAUUUCAGCUAUUUUCUCCUACAAAGCUCUCUGAUAAACAGAAAAUUGAGCGACCUGAUUGUGGGACCUGAGAAUCCUGACAGUGUUUGUGCAAGAUUAAUACCUGUACACUUGUGUAGCAGUGACAGCCAUGAGGACACCUUGGUUGGUGGUGCUGCUGUGUUUGAGCUUGGCAGCUCUUGCAUGGGCCAAGAAAGGCCUGGAGUUCCCCCGCUAUGAUGGCAAGGACCGAGUGUUGGACAUCGACAGCAAGAACUACCGGAAAGCGUUGAAGAACCACCAGAUGCUAUGCCUGCUCUACCAUGCACCAGCGCCAACCAGCAAGGAGCUGCAGAAACAGUUCCAAAUGACUGAACUUGUACUGGAGAUGGCUGCUCAAGUCUUGCAGGAAAAAGACAUCGGAUUUGGAAUGGUUGACUCUGAGAAAGAUGCCAAGGUCGCUAAGAAACUAGAUCUACAAGAAGAGGGCAGUGUCUAUGUUUUUAAGGCAGACCGUGUAAUUGAGUAUGAUGGACUACUUUCUGCAGACAUCCUUGUGGAGUUCCUGCUGGACCUGUUGGAUGAUCCAGUUGAGGUCAUUGACAAUGCUUUGGAGCUGCAGGCUUUUGACCGCAUGGAAGAGGACAUCAGAGUAAUCGGCUACUUCAAGAAUCAGGAGUCUGAGCAUUUUCUGGCUUUCAAUGAAGCUGCUGAGCAGUUCCAGCCUUUCAUAAAAUUUUUUGCCACCUUUGAUAAAUCUGUAGCGAAAGAGUUGACCCUCAAGAUGAAUGAAGUAGACUUCUAUGAGCCCUUCAUGGAGGAAGCAGUCACUAUUCCAGACAAACCCCAUACUGAAGAGGAACUUGUGGCAUUUAUCAAUGAGCACAGAAGACCAACACUGCGAAAACUGAGAGCUGAGGACAUGUUUGAGACUUGGGAAGAUGACCUGGACGGCUUUCACAUUGUAGCCUUUGCAGAAGAGGAGGACCCAGAUGGCUUUGAGUUCUUGGAAAUUCUGAAAGAAGUUGCACGAGACAAUACACAGAACCCUAACUUGAGUAUGAUCUGGAUUGAUCCUGAUGACUUCCCUCUGCUACUUCCGUACUGGGAGAAGACAUUUAAAAUUGACCUUUUCAGGCCUCAGAUCGGAAUAGUUAAUGUCACAGAUGCGGACAGUGUAUGGAUGGAGAUAGACAGCGAUGAGGAUUUGCCCUCUGCUGACGAACUUGAGGACUGGAUAGAGGAUGUGCUUUCCGGAAAGGUCAACACUGAAGAUGAUGAUGAUGAUGAUGAUGAUGAUGAUGAUGAUGACGACGACGAUGAUGACGAUGAUGAUGAUGAUGAUGAUGAUGACGACGACGAUGAUGACGACGAUGAUGAUGACGACGAUGAUGAUGAUGAUGAUGAUGAUGACUAACCUAAACUUGAAUUCUGUGGAAUCAAAACUUGGCUUACUCGCUCAGGGACAUCUAGAUCCUGUAUGAGCACCUUAGUACCAUAAUCCUUUUGCACAUUUUUGUGCACAAUCUCAAUAAACAUCAAACUUUCACUCUCAUGAAUGAACUGAACUCAGUGUCCAAAAACUACUGGCAGCAUUAAUACAUCUGACAUGAAUAACUUAACCUGCUCAGGCUGAAUUAAAAAAUAAAAUAAAAUAAAAUAAACACCAUGCUUCAGGGAUCUUUUUAAAUUAAUUUAAUUAUUUAUUAAAUGGCAGAUAUUCUGUUUAUUGCUGUCUGGUAUGUCCUGCUGCUAUUUUUGAAAUCUAUACCUCUUUACCUUACAUGCGGGUGGUCCAUACAGCAACCCCUAACCAGACUCACAAGAGGAAGUAAACCUAAUCUGAUUUCAUACCAGUUGUAAAAUCUGUCUUAAAAAUUCAUUGGUUUCAUUUGAUUCCAUGACUUGCAACAUUUAAGAUGGCAGAGGCUCAACAAAACCUGACAGCUGAUUAGAAGAGAAACCUGAUGUGGAUAUUGUGACCCACCCACCUCGAUGUUCAAUAUUUUGUGCAUACUGUUCUGUUCAUCUUAUGUAUAAAGGGUGAUUAUACAAAUUAAUAUAUCCUUCCUGGCAGCCCAAACCAAUCGGCCCAUUUUUCCACUGACUCGUCUUAUCAUCUAGGUGUUUCCACCCAAAGAACACUCAAUCAAUGUUUUUGGUUUUUCCCAAC